AUGGAGGGGUCAACGAGUCAGGAUCAUGUGAUUGGGAUCCCGGUCAACAGCACGGCCUACGGCAUAGAGGAGCCCGACUUCGUGGAGGUGGAGGAGGCCAUCACCCCCCCUGAUCAUGGCGGAUUCGUCUCCGGUUCGUUCCAAUCUAUCAACAACAACGACGGCGAUUCCAACCGCUCCACGGCCACCGAUCGCGAGCAGACCAGCCAAGUCCGCAGGAAGAGGGGAAAGAUCGCCCAGGGCAUCAAAGAACACGUGACUCUGGGGCCAAAGCUGUCGGAGACGGUCAAGGGGAAGCUCACGCUGGGCGCCAGGAUCCUGCAGGCCGGCGGCGUCGAGAAGGUGUUCCGGCAGUGGUUCUCCGUGGACAAGAACGAGCGGCUGGUGAGGGCGUCGCAGUGCUACCUGUCCACCACGGCGGGUCCCAUCGCCGGGAUGCUCUUCGUCUCCACGGAGCGCGUCGCCUUCCGCAGCGACCGCUCGCUGGCCGUGGCCGCCCCCGACGGCGCCAAGCUCCGCGUGCCGUACAAGGUGACGAUACCGCUGCGCAAGGUGCGGCGCGCCGUGCCCACCGAGAACAAGCACAAGCCGGAGCAGCGCUACAUCGAGGUGGUCACCAACGACGGCUUCGAGUUCUGGUUCAUGGGCUUCGUCAGCUACCACCGGUCGCUGCAGCACCUGGAGCAGGCCAUUGCGCAGGCGCGGCGAUGA